AUGCAGCAUCAAGGCCCCAGCGGCGUGAACCAGCUGGGGGGGCUCUUUGUGAACGGACGCCCCCUCCCCACCUGCAAGAGGAAGCGGAUCAUCGAGCUGGCCUCCUGCGGCGUGCGCACCUCCGACAUCUCCCGCAGCCUCAAGGUGUCCAACGGCUGCGUCAGCAAGAUCCUGGGCCGCUUCUACCGGACGGGGGCCGUGGAGCCCAAGGCCAUCGGGGGCAGCAAGCCCCGCACGGCCACCCCCGAGGUGGUGGCACGGAUCGCCCAGCUGAAGCGGGAGCAGCCGUCCCUCUUCGCCUGGGAGAUCCGACGGCAGCUGCACGCCGAGGGCGUCUGCGCCAGCAACCGGACCCCCAGCGUCUCCUCCAUCAACCGGGUGCUGAGGAGCCUGCAGAGGGACCCGUGCCCCGCCGCCGCCGGUACGGCCGGUGCUCCGGGGACCCAGCGCCCUCCCCGGGGCUCCACGUCCAGCCGGCAGCUCCCGCCGGGCACCCAGCACCGCAGCAGGACGGUCUUCACCAGCCAGCAGUCGGAGGCCCUGGAGAAAGAGUUUCGGAGGGGGCAGUACCCGGACACCGCCACCCGGGAGAGAUUGGCCGCGGCCACCCAGCUGCUGGACACAACCAUCAGGGUCUGGUUCUCAAACAGAAGAGCCAAGUGGAGGCGGGAGGCCAAGCAGAGGCUGGAGGCCGGUGCAGCUCUCUGA